AUGGCUACUAAUACUGAUUUAGCCAAAGCCAAAGGGAGUGCAGAAACUUAUGCUGUAAAAUAUUUUUUACAGAAGUUCUUUUUACUUCCCGUGGAUAGUAAUUUGGAUCCGGAUGCUUUUGAUGGUUCAGGGGUAGAGUCUACCAAGUUGCCUCCCAAACAGACUAUUAGUAGUCAGCAAGUAGAAAGUUUAAUAAAUCUUUUUAGAACUAAAACUGCGGAUAAUAAAGAAAGGCAAACGGCUUUUUUAAAUGAGUUGGAUAAAGUGUUGGAGAAAAGAGGAAUUAAAGAGAAAACUACUAGUGGGAAUUUUAGGGAGAGAUUGUCAGGUUUGAUGCCUGUGGAUUAUCAGAUUCUGUAUAAUUGA